UGAAGCUCCUAGAGAUGCUCGAUUGCAUGCUGCAGAGCGGCUGCUCGAAGCACGACGGGGACUACCUCGUGGCGGUUGUGAAGGCUGCGCUACCUUUCGCCGCGGGAAUCGGGUCGCCCCCUCGGGUCCCGAGGGCGCUGAAGGACUUCGGCAAGCGUGCCCCACCUCGCUCGCGGGUGCCGCUGCCCAUAGAGGUGAUGGCGGUCAUCGGCUCGGGCACGGUGGCCAAGGGCAUGCAGGGCGCGGUCCUGCAGGUCAAGGUGAGGCAGCUGGCCCCGCCGCUGCGCGACGCCGAACCACUGGGGCGUUGGGCGCCGUCGCUGGCUCCGACGCGCGAGGACGCAACGCGGCCUCAGUUGAUGGGGGCGGCGAUUCGCGUCCUGACCAAGACGGGGGCGUCCGACGAGUCGAUCGACUUCGACUUCCCGCCCUGGCUCGGCCCGAUGCUGGGGGCUCACGCGCGGGGGAGGCGGCCCAACGAGGCCCUCUUCACGACGCCCGCGGCCCAGGUGAUCGCGACGUUUCGCCGCAUGGGCGAGGGGCUGGGGCUGCGCGGGCUCAUGCUGCACCAGCUCAGACACGGAGGCGCCAGCCGCGAUGUCCCGUCGAAGAGGCGGUCCCUGGCCGAGGUCAAGGCUCGGGGGCACUGGGCCCAGUGCGCGUCGGUGCGCCGCUACGCCAAGCCGGGCAUGGUCCACCAGCUCCUGGGCGCGCUGACGCCGUCGGCGCGCGCGCACUGCGACGUGCAAUGGUGCGACCUGCAGGGGGUCUUGCUGGGCGCGACCGCGCCGUCGCUGCCCAACAUCGGCGCACACUGGUACACCGCCUCUGUGGUCAGCUCGUGCCCGGCUCCGCCCGCGUGCCCGACGCUGACCUGCGCGCCCCAGCCGGCGUGCCCGCAGGUCACCUGCGGCAAUUGCUCGUGCGCGGAGGCCCUGCCGCUCCGCGAGAUCCUGUGGGGCUCGGCCGGGGUCGCUCUGGCUGCCGGCUCUGCGGGCCUCGCCGCUGGGGCCGCGGUGGGCUUCGCGGCCGGGCGCCUGGUCCUGCUGCCAGGCGCUUGCCAGCGCCGGCGAGAGGCUGGGGCGGGAGGCGCCCAGCCGCGGCCAGGCCCAGCCGCCGAGGCCAUCGUGGACGAGCCUCCGGCCCAGGCGCCGGCGUCGAAUCGCGCAAGGUUGCUGGCGCGGGCAGGCACAGGUAUCACCGUUUUCCUCAACUACGGGGACGCGCUCUAUCAUGAGCGGAUCCUGCUGGCGUGGGUGGUAGAUUCGCUGUUCAUCGUCAUCACGCCUGACUUUGACGUGUACAUUGAACAAAUUGACGCUUCUAAUCCAGAUCUCGAGGCUCUGAGGGUUAGCGACCAUGCGGGCUCGAUCCCAUUUGGGCUCACGGGGGCGCAGCUAUAUCGCUUUCGAGCUCGGCCCGCUGGAGCUGACUUGGUGAACCUCAUGGCCGAGGGUCGGCACCACGCGAGAGUGGAGCGGGCGGCGCGAGGCCUGGCCCCGCCACCAGGGCAGGAUGACAUCAUCGGCCCGGGAGGCAAUGCGCCGGCGGUCGUGCCCAUCCCGUUGCCUGUGCCGCCGCCAGUGGCUCCUGGAGUGCCCGCGGUUCCCAUGGCCCCGCGCGUGGCGGGCGCCGCGGGGGCAUGGGUUUUCGACGAGCCGGGCGAUUCCUUCGCCGUCGGCCAGGAGUUCGCCCUGCCGGCCAACGCUCUCGACGUGGGGGGCCGGACAUUCGUGUCCGUCAACGGCAAGGCGGUCAGCGGGACGCGCGUCGCGGCUGGGACAGACCUUGAUGGGUGGGCCCGGCAGCGCCAGGCGCAGCUGAUGAGGGCGGACCCUCGUGUCCUGCCUCGCCCCGCUGGCGGUGAGCAGUCGGCUUUCGUCGACGAUGUGAGGCUGAUGAAGCGCGACCCCAGCGUCCCAAUCGGGAUCAAGGGCCCCGCCACGCUGCCCGACACCCUCGCGGACCUCAGGAAGGGCUCGACUGGGGGGUUCACGGCCGCGCACGACCGUUGGUUGGUGGACUCGAAGGUGCCAGCCUCCAGCAGGUCUGGACACGAGCAUCGUGUCCUGAGCCGUGCCUUGUCGAUGGCACAUGAAAUCGACGGGCUGAACUUGCCGAACUUGACGCGCCUCGAGUACAUUAAUCGUCGCCGUCAGCUCAUCGAGACGGCCCACCGCGACGAUCCCGUAAGCGGGUCGUGGGACUCAGCCCAUUUGUACAUGGGCGAAGACGAGGAGGGCACCGGCGUCCACGUGGCGCCGUCGCUCCGCGCCCAUGUCGCCACUGAGCUGUCCAAGGAGACGGCCAUCGAGAAGGAGAGGAGAAAGGCCCGCGAGCCAUUCGACGGGGACCGCGUCUCCCUGCCCCCUCUCGGCAAGGGGGCGGCCUGCCUCUCGGGCGCGCUCGACCCGGAGGCGGCCGCAGUUUUGCAGAACUUUGAGACUGACCUGCUCGCCUCGCCUGACGUGGUGGAGCAGCGGCGUAUGUCGGCGCCGGCGCAGCCGUACCUCGACCUCGAGUUCCGGGCGAGCCGGCCCAAGUACAUCCAGUUCUUGUCGAUGUUGAAGUCCCGCGGCAUCAUCUCUCUUGUCGGCCGCCGCCGAGGCAGCGUGACCCCGUUUUUCGUUUCCAAGAAAAAUGGGAAGCAGCGUUUGGUGCUGGACUGCCGGCUCAUCAACAUCCUUUUCCACCACGCCCCCGUGAUGGAGAUCGGAGCGCUGGACUGCCUGAGCGGGCUCGAGGUGCCGCGGGGCCGCCAGGUGUUCACGGCGUCGGCGGACAUCGAGGCCUGCUUCUACCAGUGUGGCGGGCUGGGGUCGCUCAUCGAAUUCUUCUGUCUGCCAGGAAUCUCGGUGGCAGAAGCGACGCACCUGGGCUUCGACGUCACGGGCUUGUUCCACGACGCAAAGAUGAAGCUCCACGUGGCGUUGAACGUGCUGCCGAUGGGCUGGUCCUGGGCCUUCUGGUUCGUCCAGCGCGUCCACCUAGAAAUGCUGCGGCGCGCUGGGAUUGACUCCAGUCGCCUGGCGCUUGGCGGGUGGCCGCUGCCGCUGCUGGAGGGCGGCCCUGUCGAGCUCCCAUACUCCGACAACGUGAACGUGAUCGGGCUGGACCCGGUCGCCGUCGGGGAGCUCCGCGACAAGAUCGUCUCCACCUUCGAGCGGCAUGGCUUCGCGAUGCACGAGAUUUCGCCCGUCUCGGACGCCGCGGUGAUCCUGGGCGCGAGCGUCGGCGGAUCUCCGCCGAGCACGCGCCGGGUCUUGAACAAGUUGCUGUUAGUGCGAGGGGCGCUGCAGUGGCUGGCUUCGGGGCCCACCGUCACUGGGCGCCAGGUGGAGGUCAUCGUCGGGCACUACGUUGCGCUCACGUCCUUCAACAGGCUCGGGCUCAGCGUGAUGCGGUCGCUGUACGAUUUCAUCCGCGACAAGUACGUCAUGCCGACGCGCUUGUGGGCCUCCUGCCGGUACGAGGCGUGGGUAAUGGCCGACGUGAGCUUGCUUCUCUCUGCGAGGCUCGACCGGCCGUGGUCGCCCGUCGUGACGGCCUCCGAUGCCGCGAACCGUGGCAUGGCGGUGUGCGAAGCAAUUUUCCCGGUCUCCGCCGUGGCCUCCGUCGGGCGAUGGCGGGAGCGGUGGAGGUACAGGCGGCGGAAUCCCGACGAGUGGGCGCCGAGGUUUCGCUGGAUCCCGUCCGAGUUCAACCCCGCGGACGCGGGCAGUCGGCUCUUCGAGCACCAGGGCCCGCUCGGCCAUGCUUGGUCCGCUGAGUCGAGCUGGCGGGUCGCGGCGGCGCUGAGCCAGGCAUCCAAGUCGCCGGCCUCGGCCGCGGCCCGCUCGCACUGCGAGGAGGCCGCAGCAGGCGCUGCCACGCGCGCCAACUACAGGCCGCUCUGCGACGCCUUCCUCGACUUCUGCCAGACGAAGGGCCGCGUCCCAGCCGACGUCAACGAGCUGCAGAUCAGGCUGCUCGAGGCGCUCGACCACCUGCUUGGGGCCGAUGGUACCAAGGGCGAUGCGGACACGCUCGUGGCGGCGGUCAAGGAUCACUUCCCCUUCGCGGUCGGCUCGGGGACUCUGCCUCGGGUGACCCGCGCCCUACGGGGGUUCGGGAAGAAGCGGCCGCCUCGGUCCCGGGCACCGGCACCAAAGGAGCUCAUGGCGGCAGCGGUGUCGAUGCUGCUGGCCCUGGGGCUGUACGACCAGGCGCUGCAAGUCGCGGUUCUGUUCUACACCUACAUUCGCCCUGGGGCUCUCCGACAGCUGACGGUCGGGCAGCUGCUGCCCCCAGCGAGGCGGUCGGGGCCGCUGAGCCACUGGUCGAUCAUCCUGGCACCGACCGAGACGGUGGGCGCGCCCCGGGUCCUGACCAAGACCGGCACCUCGGACGAGACGGUGCUGCUGGACGAGCCCGCCUGGCUGGGGCCUGUGCUGCAGGCGCAUGCGCGGGGCAAGCCUCCGACCGCCCCCCUCUUCACGACGGGCGGCCCAGGCAUGGCAGCGGCCUUCGGCCGUGCUGUGGCCGCCCUGGGCGUCCCGGGCGUAUGCCUGCACCAGCUCCGGCACGGCGGGGCCAGCGACGACCUGCUCACCCAGAGGCGGCCGGCGGACGCCGUGAAGGCGCGCGGCCAUUGGAAAUCCGAGAGCAGCUUGCGCAGGUACGCGAAGCCCGGGGCCAUUCACCAGCUGCUCAACGCGAUGCCAGCGGAGAACAGGGCGUUCGGCGUCCAGCAGAUGAACUUGCUCGAGCGCCUGCUGAAGCGCGAGGUGUUCGAGCUGAUGGCCCGGUCUUGGGAGCUGUCCGAGUCGGAGAUGCAGGACUGCAUGCACCCUCUCGUCAGAAAAUGCAUUUACGAGAGCCUCCGUUUGAGGCUAGUUGCCCUGCUGUGGAUUGGCUCCAUAAGCGCCACUUGGUCGCGUGCCAGACGCAACGUCUCUGGGCAGCCCGGGUGGCCAGCGCCGCUGCGGUCGCGAAAGUGCAUCUUCGGUUUACCCCACCUCGCUGGGAAGGAUCUGGCAGCUGUUCACGGAGGCAACGCUCGUGCGACCUGGGCCGCUCGCCUCUUCCAGUUCGCAGCGCUUCGAGGCUGCCCCGUGGUGAUUGAGAACCCGCAGAGCAGUUUCAUCUGGUGUCAUCCAGAGUUCCAGCGCUUGUGCGAGAAGUGGCGGUAUAUCGACAUUGACUAUUGCGCCUUCGGCUAUUUCUUCCUAAAUCUCCUGACAGUAGUGGACAGCUGCAGAUUUGGACACGGGGACGAUGCGAUAGGCAUCGUGGUGGCCACGCCCUGCCCAGCGACGCCGCCGUGGUGCGAGCUGCCGCCGUCGUGCGUGAUGCAGGGGUGA